AUGAGUCUGAUCACCACAGUGUGGUUUCAUUCAGUGGGUUUUCUUUUCAAUUAUGCCUUGGAGUGUCAGUAUACUCCAUGUGAAAGUAGACUGUUGUAUCAUGUUUUUGACUUAGCUUUUGUAACAGAAAAUGAAAGCUCUGCCACUGGGGAACCACAGACGAAUACAUCAGAGCCAGUAACACACUUUCCUUUCAGACGUUUGCUGGGUGGGAGCUGGAACCCAGAGGUUUGCAAUGAAUGGACAGAGACAAAUGCUCAGAGAAAUCCAUGGGUUUGCAGUACGUGUGCUGCUGCUGCUGCCAGUGGUGCCUGCCUGCUGCCGGCGAGCUUGCUGCUGCCCCCGGCGGCGGGCUGCCCGGCGCUGGCGGAGCCCUGGCUCCUCGGGAAUGCUGGGAAUGUUGAGUCAGGGACCGGCAGCCCAGGCAGGCAAGGCUCGCAGCUGGCUGAGAGGGACUCGCUGAGGGACGGAAAGACAAGGGACAGGAGCACACAAGCCUCUCCCGGCUGCAGCAGGUCCCCUCUUCCUCCCCUCGCGGGUGUUCGGUUGCUCCGGCUCGCCCUGCUGCCUCCUUCCUCCGAGCAAAUGAGGUGUCAGCUAAACGUGAUGUGCAUGCCCAGGGCGGCCCCUCGUACGCGAUCCCUUCACGGCAGCUCCUCCGAGAACGAGCAGGCCCUUCCCCAGCUCCCCCCUUCGGAGGGCGGAGAAGCGGGGAAGGUCUCUCCCCCCCUUCCAUCAAGUCGCUUCUCCGCUGGUCCUUCAUUUCCCUGUGUUGAAGCUGAGGAUGUAAAGCCUCCUCCGUCUCAAGCCUGAUCCCACCCUCGCUGCCCUGCUCUGAGGGUAAAAUGCUGUGGAGAGCAGUUACCGCCCUUUUCCCACCUUGGCAAACCGUGCGAUUCCACAGCUUGGAUUCAGCCUCUUCUCACCCUACGGUCGCUCGUUUCCCAGCCCCACGGGCCGGAGGGGCUUCGGACUGUCCUCCCCAUCUCGCUUCUCCUCAGCGAGAAGUUAAGAAAGCCCGACCUGGCCCAACUCCCUGUGCAGGCGCUGUGUCAGAGCGGCGCCUCCUGUCACCACCUGCGUCCCUCCAGAGACCCCCACAGCAACCCCCUCUGCCAGCGGGGUUUCCUUCAAUUCUCUUGACAGAAGGCUC